AAGUAUAACCAAAAGUGCUGGAAGCAAGUCUUAUGUGAGGCAGGACCGCUUCAGCAUCGGCAAGCUUCGCUUGCUUCUCGCCUUCUUCUUUCUGCUCUCGGAAAGUUCCACCCUGCACAACUUUUUCCCGAGGAGAGAUUUGGGAGAAGAACCCAGAGAAAGAUUGGAGCAAAAGAAAGAAGAAAAAGAUAUUCCUUUGCAGUCCUGGAUCAGGCAGGGAGGAGACGAUGAUGAGGGAGAGGCAGCAGCUGCUCAUGCUGCUGUUCGUCUUGAGCGUCGGCGGAUCAAGAAUCGCCUCCGCCGACACCAACCCGCAAGAUGUAGAGGAAGUUCGUGGGGAUUUGCCUGAUCUUAAACAGCAGUUUGAGCGGCUGCUCUCAAAUCCUUGAUGAAGAAAUGGACAAAUUUGCCUGCUAGCUGGGGGAAGUCCAAUGAUCCUUGCGGUGCGAAAUGGGAUGGAAUUGUAUGCAACAGCAACUCAAGGGUCACGUCACUAAAUCUAUUCGGGAUAAACAUGAAAGGCACUCUAAGCGAUGAUAUAGGAAGCCUGACUGAACUAAGGGUCUUGGAUCUGUCUUCCAACAUUGAACUCGGUGGCCCACUGCCAGCUGCUAUUGGGAAGUUGGUUAAGCUUGAAUAUUUAGUAUUGAUAAGUUGCAGUUUCAGCGGUCCUGUUCCAAGUGAACUAGGCAACCUGUCACAGCUCAUAUUCUUAGCUCUGAACUCAAACAAAUUCACGGGCAGCAUCCCGCCCUCGUUAGGCAAGCUCUCCAGGGUCACUUGGUUAGACCUCGCUGAUAACCAGUUGACCGGACCGCUCCCAAACUCUAGGGACAACGGAACUGGAUUGGACCAGCUUAUUAAGGCAGAACACUUUCAUCUCAAUCAAAAUACGCUGCAAGGCUCUAUCCCGGAAUCUCUCUUCAACUCCAGCAUGGCCCUCAAGCAUAUACUUUUUGACAGGAAUAAUUUUAGUGGACCGAUUCCAGCAUCUGUUGGGGUACUUCCAAAACUUGAAAUACUCCGUCUAAACAACAACAGUUUCACAGGUCAAGUUCCUGCUCUCAACAACCUGACUAAGCUCCAUGUUCUAAUGCUUUCAAAUAACAAGCUAAGUGGAAUGAUUCCUAAUUUGACCGGAAUGACCUCGCUAGAAAAUGUGGAUAUCAGCAACAACAACUUUGUUUCUUCUGAAGUUCCAAGCUGGUUGUCAGAUUUGAUAAACAUAAUUACCCUUACAAUGCAGUCAGUUGGGCUUUCUGGGCAACUUCCGCAGAAACUUUUCAGCUUUCCUAAAUUGCAAAAUGUCGUACUGAGUGAUAAUCAACUGAAUGGCACUCUUGACAUGGGCAACAACAUUAGCAAGGAACUAGAUCUAGUCGAUAUUCAAAACAACAAAAUUUCCUCAGUCACGGUGUACAACAGCAUAAAAUUCCAAAGCCUCAAGCUUGAAGGAAACCCACUCUGUAAUAAUUCUCUUCUGUCAGACACAACACCAUGCACGGGCAAGCAAACUGAAGCUCCACCUCCACCUCUUUUCGUUGAUGUCCAGUGUGCAAAUCCUUUUAUCGAAACUAUCGUCUUCAGAGCUCCUUCUUUUGCCAAUGUCCUCGAGUACCUUCAUCAACUGGAGAGUAACCUCUCGAGACAACUGAGCAGCUGUACCCCAAACCGGCUAGCUUUAGUACCGUACUCCAACGAAGAUGCGUACCUAAAUGUGGAUAUCAAGGCAUGCCCAGUAAACCAGAAGAAGUUCAACUACUCCCAGAUAUUGAACUGCUUCAACCUGACCCUUCAGAGUUACAAGCCACCCGAGAAGUUCGGACCUUACUAUGUGAUGGCGCAUCCUUACCCAUUCCAUGACAAAGUUUCUCGAGCCUUGUUGAUUGGUAUCGUGACUGGAUCUGUUCUCCUGGUUGUGGGGCUCACGCUGGUUGGAUUUUACGCCAUGCGACAGAAGAAGCGGGCUCAGAGGCUUGUCUCCAUCAACAAUCCUUUUGCAUCAUGGGGAUCAAUGGGAGAAGAUAUUGGUGAAGCGCCAAAAUUGAAGAGUGCUAGAUUCUUCACAUUGGAAGAACUCAAGUUGUACACCAAUGACUUCCGAGAAAUCAACGCAAUUGGAGCAGGGGGCUAUGGAAGGGUGUACCGAGGAAAACUUCCGGAUGGGCAGUUAAUAGCAAUCAAGAGAUCCAAGGAAGGGUCCAUGCAGGGUGGCCUUGAGUUCAAGACAGAAAUAGAACUCCUUUCCAGGGUUCAUCACAAGAACUUGGUUGGACUGGUUGGUUUCUGCUUCGAGAAGGGAGAAAGAAUGCUUGUUUACGAGUUCAUACCUAAUGGAACACUAAGCGAGGCCCUAUACGGUAUGAAAGGAAUACAAUUGGACUGGAGCAGGAGGCUCAAGAUAGCUCUGGAUUCAGCUAAAGGGCUAGCUUACCUCCAUGAUCAUGCCAAUCCUCCAAUAAUUCACAGAGAUGUGAAGUCCACCAACAUUCUCCUGGAUGAGAAGAUGACCGCAAAGGUCGCGGACUUCGGCCUGUCAUUGCUGGUAUCAGACAGUGAGGAGGGACAGCUCUGCACAAAUGUCAAGGGAACACUAGGUUACCUAGACCCAGAGUACUACAUGACGCAGCAGCUCACUGCGAAGAGCGAUGUCUACAGCUUCGGUGUGGUACUGCUAGAGCUAAUAAUGGCCAAGCCACCGAUACACGAGAACAAGUACAUUGUCCGCGAGGUGAAGAUGGUGCUAGACAUGGAGGAUGGCAUGUACUGUGGGCUCAAGGAUGUGAUGGACCCAGUUCUUCAGAAAAUGGGGGGCUUCCUUGGCUUCCCAAGGUUCCUAAAACUGGCACUGCAAUGCGUACAAGACACAGCAGCUGAUCGGCCGUCGAUGAACACCAUUGUGAGGGAGAUUGAGGUGAUAAUGCAGGACAACGGGUUCACAUCGGCCUCGAUGUCGACAAGCUCUUCAUUCAGCAUUGAGUCAAAAACGAUGAAGGUUGCCCCAAAAUACCCUUACUCAAACGCAUCCACAUCGUCUACGACAUUUGAUAUGGACAGCAGGGCCUUUGAGUACAGUGGGAUGUUCCCUUCUUCUAACGGCAGUUUGAAGAACAGGGGCACAUAGGAAUGCAGAGAGCACAUGUCCAAGAUGUACAGGAUGGAAAGCUUGGUAAGCAAGGAGUACUAGUUUACACAAGAUGUGAAGAGAUUAGAGCGUAAGAUAUUCGUAGGAUCCAGCUGGAUUGUACUGUAAGAGUGUACAGAAUUCAUAAACUUGACAAUUAUUUUUGCCUUGAGAGGGAAAAGCACCUACUCUUUAUCUUUCUGAGAGCUGUAUAGAAUGCAACUUCAUUGUAAAAAUAGAAUGUCUAUACGUCA